ACAACUCAUAUACAGGAAACAAACGAUUUAUACGGAGGAACAAGAUGGACCAUGUUAGAUCGAUCGCACGCGCCUGCGGAGUGAAAAAGAAAUGAGUAAUGUGAAUUCCCCCUCGUAAGAUUUUCAAAUUUGAAAAAACAAAACGACUCUGACCCGACCCACCACCACUCUCGGGAAAAAAGAAUAUCAGUAGGUUCCUCCUCCAUCGCUUGCCACUAAAAUUCAAAUUAAUCUCAUAUGAUAUGAAUAUCGCUUCCUAGCUGAAACGCACAGAUUCAUUCAAUCGAGCGAGAGCCAUGGGUUGUCUCUUCCGUUGCUUCCUCCGUGCCAAAGCCGAGGAGCAAUCUACCGUCGGCGAUUCCGUCUCUCAACCUCCCGGCGUCAACUCCAUCAGAGGCCAUGACUCGAAGAAUCGUUUAUCAGCUCUGUUUCUCUCUCAAGAGAAAGCAGAUUCUCCGCCACGUCAUCACAGAGAAGGAUCUGGUUUGCAUAUUCACAACGAUCUCAUCAUCAAGGAUGAGGUUCAGCUUCUCAAAGCUUGCGGUGUAACAACAGCCACACCGAUUGAAAUUAGGAAAGCAUCCCAAAAGCUGGAAACUCCUCAACGUGGAAAACAGCUUACAUCUUCCCAAUUUCAUUCCUGGAUCUCUGAUGCAGUCUUUCACUUGGAUGAACCGUGCGAAGAGGUUUCAGAGCAAACUCCUAGCAGUUGCGUGACGAGGAUCUCCACUGGAUAUAGUGAUGCUAGUGAAGAAAGCCAAGAAAGCAUUGGUACUGAGUUCAGGGAUGGGGUGUAUAGACCCAGCAAGGUGCCAUUCACAGAUGGAAAGAGGAAAUCAGUGUGGUCUAAAUGUGAUUUUGAUCAAUCUUACUCUUCUACUUCUUCCAAGAGCAGCACUUCAAAGACACCAGAGAAGGCUGUAAAAAUUAUGGAAUCAGCAGUAAGGGGGAGACCAAGAAUCAGGUCGCACUGUUUGCAUUCAGCUUCCAGUCUUACUGAAAAGGCCUCCAUAUGUAAGCUCCCUGAAGAUUCAGAUGAGACUAAAGAGCAUGCUUGCAAAGAGAAAAAAGAACCUGAAUCUCCAAUAUCAGUAACUUGUGAGGGAAAGUUGGAAGAGAGUUCAGCUAGUCCUUCUCCGUGGGUAAAGCAGAGUGAAGAGAAGAGUAACCAAAAAGUGACGGCUACUAUAUCCACUGUUACUUAUGGGGACAGGCCCAUCAUUGGAACGGCUGCUGCUCACUGGAACGAGAAAGAGCAAUCUCAAAUCUCACCCAAAUGGUGGGAUGGUAAUGGGAUACCAAACUCUACAAACAAGUACAAAGAGGAUCAGAAAGUGAGUUGGCACGUAACAUCUUUCGAGGAGAGAUUGGAGAAAGCACUUUCAGAAGAAGGCGGUCAAGGUUUCACCCCAUCAAGAAAACUUGAAUUAAUGGAAGAGGCUCAAAGGGACACAGCUAUAUCACAGCUGCAUCAUCCAGCGCAAUCCACAUCAAUCGUUUCCUUUUGAACAUCGUGUAGUCUGUUGAGUAUUGAGUGGUUAUCAUGAGUUCAUGACUCAUGAGCAAUAUGAUACGUAGAAGAAUCUAUAUAGCAAACUUUACACGACGGUUCAUGAUUUCGUAUAUCCUUUCUAUCACAUCACCUGUAAUAGAUGCAGUGUCAUUCGUUGCAAGUCCUGAAUGAUUGGUUACCAAGUGCUUGAUAUUUUAAAUA